GUUUUCGCGCUAAUGUUGGUCGCUUGCUUAGCAUUAUUUUGUCGUGUUGUCUACAUUGUACUGAACUCUUUUACGAUUUUAUUUUCUGGCAUCUCUCUUCUUUCCGGUUUGUUUUGUGAUCGAAAACAUCUAUCAAAAUGGCCAAACGUACCAAGAAGGUUGGAAUUACUGGUAAAUAUGGAACUCGUUAUGGAGCUUCCUUACGUAAAAUGGUCAAAAAGAUGGAAAUAACCCAGCACGCCAAAUACACUUGCACAUUUUGUGGAAAGGAUGCCAUGAAACGUAGUUGUGUUGGAAUUUGGUCUUGCAAAAGAUGUAAAAGAACAGUAGCUGGUGGUGCCUGGGUAUAUACCACAACUGCUGCUGCCUCUGUCCGAUCUGCUGUUAGGAGGUUGAGAGAAACAAAGGAACAGUAAUUUAUAUUGAUCUUAAUAAAUAAUUAAUAAAAAUUAAAA